AGUGACCUACCUGCUAUGGCAAGUUUCAUGGCAAAGUCAGCAGCAUCAUUUGAGGGAGGAAAGAGGAAAAGGACUGCAGUUAUAGACUUAACAAGCGAAUCAGAUGAGGACAACACAACCACAGUGGAGCAAGAUGAUGAUUCAGAUGGCUUACCAGUGUUAAAAUUUGAGGGGAGAAAGAGGAAAAGAACUUUUGCAAAGCAAACCAGAGAUGCUCACACAACUAAAGAGGUAAGUAUAGUACCAUGUGUGUUAAUAGUGACUCAGAGAUAUAGAAAUGCUUUCAUUGGAUUUCAACAUGAACUUGUAAUGAACUAACUGUCCCACACUUUCCAGAACCAAGGAGAU